AGCCGGGCAGCGAGUUCCACGGGGAGCGGCAGCCCCAGCCGGGCCAGGCAAGCGCGGAAGGGCGGUGCCUCCCCCCGGGGGAGGCUGGAGGCUGGGGAGAUGGAAGAGCAGGUGUUCAAGGGGGACCCGGACACCCCGCACUCCAUCUCCUUCUCGGGCAGCGGAUUCCUCUCCUUCUACCAGGCGGGGGCCGUGGAUGCCCUGCGGGACCUGGCCCCGCGGAUGCUGGAGACGGCCCAUCGCUUCGCCGGGACGUCGGCAGGCGCCGUGAUCGCGGCCCUGGCCAUCUGCGGCAUUGAAAUGGAUGAGUACCUCAGGGUCCUCAACCUGGGCGUGUCCGAGGUGAGGAAAUCCUUCCUGGGGCCCUUUUCUCCGUCCUGCAAUAUGGUGAAGAUGAUGAGGAAGUUUCUGUACCAGGUCCUGCCGGAUGACUCCUACAAGGCCACCACGGGGAAGCUCCACGUGACCCUCACCCGCUUCACGGAUGGAGAGAAUGUUGUGGUUUCAGAGUACACGUCCAAGGAAGAGCUCAUCGAGGCGCUGUACUGCAGCUGCUUCAUCCCGGUGUACUGUGGCCUCAUCCCCCCCACCUACCGCGGCGUGAGGUACAUCGAUGGGGGCUUCACGGGCAUGCAGCCCUGCUCCUUCUGGACCGACUCCAUCACCAUCUCCACCUUUAGCGGGCAGCAGGACAUCUGCCCCCGGGACUGUCCCGCCAUCUUCAACGACUUCCGCAUGUUCAACUGCUCCUUCCAGUUCUCCCUGGAGAACGUGGCCAGGAUGACCCAAGCACUGUUCCCACCGGACCUGGUGAUCCUGCACAAUUACUACUACCGAGGCUACGACGACACGGUCCUGUACUUGAGGCGGCUGAAUGCUGCCUACCUUAAUUCUCCCUCCAAGAGAGUGAUUUUUCCCCGGGUGGAAGUGUACUGCCAGAUAGAACUCGCCCUUGGCAAUGAGUGCCCCGAACACAGUCAACCGAGCCUCCAAACGAAGCAGGCCUGUCUGGAAGGAUCUGCACAACUUCACAAGCAGUGGGCUCCCAAAGGGGAUGGAAGGGGUGGCCAUGUUCCACCUGUGUCCCCACCUGUGCAGGCACCUGCACCCACAUGUGAGUGGCCUGUGGAGUCACCUGUUUCACCACCUGUCUCUUCAUCUGAGCAGUCACCUGCAUGGCCUCUGGCCUCAUCCCUGCCACAUUCUCCAGCUGACUGGCAGCCGGGAUCACUCCCAGCUACGCACUCACCUCCUGGCUCACCACGGCCCAUCACACCACCUGGGUUGUCACCUGUGUCACCUGAGCAGUGGGUACAAUCAUCUGGAUCAACACCCAGACCCCCACCCUCCCAGGCGGCCACAUCACCCAGGCCAUCCCUGGGGCCUUCAGCUGUGAGGGCACCUCCAGCGUCACCUGCACAGCCACCUGUGGAGGAACCGGGCCCAGAACAGCCCCAAGCUCCCCUUGCCUCUGCAAGUCAGAGUGGCCCCGCACCUCCACGUCACGCGAGGGGAGCCACCAGCGAGUCUUCCAUGGAGAGCCCAGCUGAAGACUCAAACUGGGUGAAUAAGCUCUUCAGGAAGAACAUGCAAAAGACAAGUGGCACCAGAAAAGGCUUCCCAAGACCUGAAUCCAAAAAGCCAAGCAGCAGAGUGCAGUGA